AUGAUGAAAGUAGUGCAAUUGGUUUGUCAGAUCGAAUUCAUAACAAUCAAGCCUUCGUGCAGGUGCUGCAGUACAUGCAUUACAUAUUCUAUAAACAUUCCUAUUUUGCAGGAUUCCUUUGAGCUUCCUCGGCGGGAUUCCUCAAGAGAUGGGGACGUUGAAAUGGGAAUGCAUCAGCCUGAUGCUUCUGAUAAUUUAAAAGGCUUCUUGAAGAAGGUUGAUGGAAUUGAGAGCCUAAUAGCUAAGCUGACGAAUCUCUUGACUAAGCUCCAGACUGCAAACGAGGAAUCAAAAGCAGUUACGAAAGCAAGUGCCAUGAAAGCAAUUAAGCAGCGAAUGGAGAAAGAUAUUGAUGAAGUGGGGAAAAUUGCUCGUAUGGCAAAAACCAAAGUUGAUGAACUGGAAAAAGAUAACUUAUCUAACAGGCAGAAACCUGGAUGUGGGAAGGGGUCUGCAGUAGAUCGAUCAAGAGAACAGACUACUGGAGCAGUCAAAAAGAAAUUGAAGGAACGGAUGGACGAUUUUCAGGUAUUGAGAGAAUCAAUCCGGCAGGAGUACCGGGAAGUUGUUGAAAGAAGGGUAUUUACUGUAACUGGCAAUCGCCCUGAUGAAGAGACUAUUGAUGAUUUAAUCGAGACAGGGAGAAGUGAGCAGAUUUUCAAAGAUGCUGUUCAGCAGCAGGGGAGAGGCCAGAUAUUGGAUACUGUUGCUGAGAUACAGGAGCGUCAUGAUGCUGUCAGAGAUCUGGAGAGGAAGCUUCUGGAGUUGCAGCAGAUAUUCCUGGAUAUGGCAGUAUUGGUUGAGGCUCAAGGAGACAUGAUCAACCACAUAGAGACACAUGUUUCAAAUGCUACCAACCACAUACAGCAAGGUGUGGGCGCUCUCCAGAAUGCAAAGAAGCUGCAGAAAAACUCGAGAAAGUGGAUGUGCUACGCCAUCAUCCUUCUCCUGGUAAUAGUGGUUAUCAUCGUGGUCGCGGUUAUCCAGCCAUGGAAGAAGUAA